UACCUCAUCGCGAUUCGCGAAGUUUUGAUCUUUAGGCUGUUCUCAGCUUUACAAAAUGAAGAUAAUAAAGUGUCGUUUUUGUAUGGGAGAAGAACGUGCAGCAGAGGACACAGAUCAUGUAGAGAAAAUCUUACCACCCGGCUACAGUCAUCUAUUGUGUCGUCAUGAAUUGCUGGAAAAGUUAGAGGACAUGGAAAAUUUUCGAGCAUCGCUUAAAUUGCAGAUGACUUCAGAAGAGCAAGUCCAGAAGUGGCUGGAGGACUUCCAAAAGACCUCGGCUUUAACGUGGAGAAAAUCCAGGACGUAUCCUGACUCUGGCCGCUACAACAAAUACAGAGUGGAUCUGAGAUGCCAUCACAAAACAUACAGCGCAUCAUCAAAGACAAGCAAGAACACUAACUGCCCUGCUACUAUGUUUCUGAUUCUCAAGAGAUCUAUGCACGAAAGAAAGUCCAGAUCAGGUGACCCACACAUUGAAGAGGGCUAUUUUCUUCAUGUGAACUUGAGGAACGAACAUAACCACAGGCUGCACACUGCUGAGGUCAUGCGGUGGAGAGAUGUAUCCAACGACACCAUCGAAAAGCUUCAACAGCUCUACAAAAGCGGCCACUCGCCUUCAUCUGCGCUCAAGACUAUCAAAUACAACUUGCAGGAAGAGGAAGGCGAUAAUUAUCUCUACGCUAUUACAGAUCGAUCCAUCUGCCCAGACAUUCAGUUCUGCUACAGGUUAUAUUACAAGCUUUUUCCCAAGUCAUUUGCUGAACCAGCAGAGAAGGACAUUUCAGAAGAGCUUUUUAGACCAUUAGAGUUGGAGCAAUCAUGGGAGACAAUGACAGUCACAGAUGGACAAGCCACGUUCAAUGAGGAAACGGUGUCUGUUACCACAGUACCAAUCAUCACCACCACAGAAGCGGAACAUUUCACACAAGAGCCAGUUCAAGAACCAGGCCCAAGUACAGCUGUUGCAGAGACUGUCGGGACCUUGGAUGGACAGCUUGAGGACGUUUUUGGGAUCCUAAAAAAGAAGCUAAACGAGGACGCAAGUUUCACACCAUCUAUUAGAGCUUUUGUGUCGAAUUUCUAUCAGUUGAAGAAUGACAGCGCCUUGCAGUCGUCGCUCUUUUGCUUUGGUAAAGUUGCCGAGAUAAUCAGCCAGAUCAGCGUACAACCGGCCGCAGGGCCACGAAAGAAGGGGGCUGGACGUAGAGCUGUUGGCAGACCCCCAAAGAACUCAAGGAGAGAGCAUCCGUACUGCAACAGCAGAACCGAGGACGCUCCGCCAACACUCACGUUCUGUUUGCAAGAAACAAACACCCUCGAGAAGACAGAUGAACCACAGACAGCAGCUUCUGGUGGGUGUACAGAUCCAAUCACUGUCGCUCUACAAGGAACACUAGAGACAAACAGUUGAGUUGAAGUAGUUUUGAAUCCAUUCAAUCGCUGGGUCUGGCGAGAGCCCUUUUAGCUUAGUGCAAGUCAUUAAAUUGGAUUAAACCAUUAGUAAAAAAAAAAAAAGUCACACUUUAUUUUGAUGGUCCGUUUGUUGAAUUUAAGUUAUAUUGCAUCUACACGCCAACUAAUGCUCAAUAGACUAUAAGUAGACUGUUAGGUUGGGGUUAGGGUUAGUGUAAGUAGUGUACAUUUCGGUAACACUUUAUAAUAACUACACACUAUAAAUCAUUUAUUAAGCAUUAGCAAAUAGUGAAUUCAUUAUCUGUAAAGCAUCAACUCUACAUUAAUAAACGUUAGUAAGCAGUUUAUAACUUCAGCUACAAAUGCUCCAUUCUUGACUUAUAAGCACCUAUAUAAUGUGUUUAAUGAUUGUAUUUUCAUACUUAGUUAAUGAUUUAUUUUUCAUUACUAAAUUAAGUAUCGAAUUAUUUACAAACUGUUUUUAUUUAAGAGUAGUUGAGGGUUUUUAGGAUCAUUCAGAAUGAGUUAGUAAAUGAUUAAUAAACUAUUGAAAUCAACAUUUAUAUUGUUAAAUCAAUACAAUGAUUUAUGCUAAGCUAAGCUAAAAGUGCUCCUGCCAGACCUGGAGAUCGACUGAAUGGAUUCAUAUAUGUUAAAACUGUAUAUGGAAUGUGUAAAAAUAAGUCUAUUUCCAGUGUUGCUUUAAGAAAUCGCAGCAUUCAAAUCAAAAGGUGCCCCAUUAGCUUUAUAUUUCUGGUCUUACUGCACACAACUCAACAGCGCAUGUUGUUGUACACGCGAAAAUGAUCCAAACAUAACCACCUGCUGUCUCCGUUCAGGUACGCAGUCAGUUCACAGUACAUAAAAUCAAGGUUUUUGUCUUAAUGAGGAUUUUACCCUGCAGUGUCUCAUUAUGGAAGUAAAGUAUGCUGUUUAUUGUGAUUUAACAUGUUUUUUAAGCACAUAAUGUUACUGUUAACAUUUUAUUAAAGUGGCUUCUGAUGUUCAGAGCAAUGCGAUGCGAAUGAGCAUUACUAUUUAAUCUUUUUAUUUCUCACCCAUGCUUUAUUCAGAUCCAAUAAUCUGUGGGGUUUGGUUAAAAUUAUUACUUUUUGGCAAAACAUGGCUAAACUAUCAUGACGGUUCCUGUUUAUGCAUGUUAAAAAAAAAGAUUGUGCAUUAUUAUUUGCAACAUGCAAACAGCUUGUGCCAUUUUCUCCAGAAAGCACUAUAAUGUCUUUAAUUAUAGAUUUAAAACUGACCUUUGUAUAAGUACACUCAAUAAACCACGGAUGAUCAUGCA